AUGCUACAGCAACCACUUCCGACUGGUCAAUGGCAGCAACCGCCUCCUCUUGGUGUGCCACAACAACUACCUCAAUUUGGUCAAUCGCAACAAUUUUCACAAAGUAAUCUGCAGCAACCACCUCCGACUGGUCAAUGGCAGCAACCGCCUCCUCUUGGUGUGCUACAACAACCACCUCAGUUCGGUCAGUCACAACAAUUUCCACCUAGUGCGCUGCAACAGCCACGUCCGACUGGUCAUUGGAAUCCUGAAAUUUUCGAUCAUCACAGAGGAGAUCCAAGUAGAACAUUCGCAGCGCCAAGGGAAAAUGCUCCAGGCGCUCCACUGAACAUGGCGGAUAUUGAAAUUCCAAGAGAAUAUGAAGUUCCGUGUCAAAUCAAGCAUAAGCCGUCAUACCCCGAUCCGAAAAUACUAGAAGAAGAUAUGCUGUUUUUCAUCUUCUACACUAUCGAGAAUGAACAAGUUGAAGCUGCCGAGGAACUGUAUGUUUCUUCUUAA